CAAUUUUCGUUUAGAUUUUGUGAUUAAAUUUUAUGAAUGAACAUUUAAACGUACACCAACGUAAAAUAUUUUGGAAAGCUUUGAAGAGAUUUUAAUAAUAAUAUUAGUAAUUUUCAAAUAGGGAGUUAGAUGUUUUGAUAUUAAAAAUGAUGAAAACAGUUUCCACUUUUAUCAGUAAACACUUCAUACAGACAUUAGCAUUUAGGAGAAGCGUUAAAUAUAGUACUAAACAGGAGGCUACUUUUGAUAUUAAGCCAUUCAAACUGCAUAAACUAGACAGAGGCCCUGCAUCUACGUCCACCCUUACUGCGGAUGAUGCAUUGAAAAUGUAUGAAAAUCUGGUUGUAUUACGACGGUUAGAGAGUGCUUCAGGAAACCUGUACCAGGAGAAGGCUAUCCGCGGAUUUUGUCAUCUAUACUCAGGCCAAGAAGCGGUAGCUAUAGGCAUGCGAGCAGCAAUGCGUAAUGUAGACACGCUAAUCACGUCAUACAGAUGUCACAGCUGGGCCUAUUUGAUGGGGGUUAGUGCGUUGGGAGUGCUAGCAGAACUCACCGGCCGCAAGACAGGCUGCUCCAGAGGCAAAGGAGGCUCUAUGCAUAUGUACGCUAAAAACUUUUUUGGAGGCAAUGGCAUCGUCGGAGCUCAGGUACCUCUAGGCGCUGGUGCAGGGCUCGCUCACAAAUAUAAUGAUGAUGGUGGUGUCAACUUUUGCCUAUAUGGCGAUGGAGCGGCGAAUCAGGGCCAGUUAUUCGAAGCCUUCAAUAUGGCGAAACUAUGGAGUUUGCCCUGUGUUUUUGUUUGCGAAAAUAAUAGAUAUGGUAUGGGUACAAGUGCCAAUCGGUCAUCAGCGUCCACUGAGUAUUACACACGCGGAGACUACGUGCCCGGGCUGUGGGUGGAUGCUAUGGACGUACUUACGACGAAAGAGGCGACAAAAUUCGGCAUUGAACAUUGUACCAGCGGUAAAGGUCCGCUAGUAAUGGAAAUGUCGACAUAUCGUUUCCACGGGCACUCCAUGUCUGACCCUGGCACAUCCUAUCGCAGUCGUGAAGAGGUGCAGCAAAUGCGGCAAACUAAGGAUCCUAUCACAACCUUUAAAGAGCAAAUUACUAAGGAACUCGUCACGGCUGGUCAGCUGAAGGAAAUUGAUAUUAAAGUUAAAAAGGAAAUAGAGGAAGCAACACAACAAUCUAAGAAAGAUCCAGAGGUAGAUGUAGAAGAAUUAGCUGCCGAUAUAUAUUAUAAGAAUUACGAGUCAAAGAUUCGCAACGUUAGGCCAGACCAGGUUCUUUCACAUGUCGAAGUUGCCCCACGGAAAUGAGAUGGAAAACAAAUUUAUAUCUUUUAAUUAUUACCAUUACUAUCAAAGGUACAAUUUU